ACUCUAACGCGUCUGUAAGGCGUUGAAAUGAAAUGAGCUGAACGGAGAGGCGCCGAGUGUUUUGGGCUUUGAUCCACCGAAGCAAACCGAGCAAAACUGAGUGAGGAUGACCUCCACACUUCGGCGAAUCGUCCUGUAGUCAUGAAACAGACCUCACACUGCGAUCCAUAGGCAGAGUUUAGCAGAUCAGAUUACAGGGGCUCCGCCGCUGCCGUGCUGCUGCUUUUGAUCUGAGCGCUGACUUUGUCCGGGCUGCUCUCCGUGUUGCUCUCGGGCUGGAAGGAGAAGCAGCAGCAGCAGCAGCAACGGUGCAAUGCAGGAGGGAAGAGGGUAAAGAAACCUCCUGGAACAGCCUGGGCUUCUUCUGAUAACUUCAGGACACAAUCAGUCACUGCUGUUAACAUCGUGGAGACCACCCGGAUGGCUUCAGCACAAGGACACACCUGGCGUCCUGUCCUGAGGAUCAUUUUUCUGCAUUUAUUACUAGUUGCGAUAAUGGCAGAGGAGAGAAGAGAAUGCAGGGAACAGGAGUACAAGGACCAGUUUGGGAACUGUAUCGCCUGCAGGCAUUGCGACGCCGGACAAGAACUAUCAAAGGAAUGUGGCUUCGGCUAUGGAGAGGAUGCCCAGUGUGUGCCCUGCAGGGCCAGCCGCUUCAAAGAGGACCGCGGCUUGCAGAAGUGCAAGCCCUGCCUGGACUGUGCCCUCCUCAACCGCUUCCAGAAGGCCAACUGCUCCAGCACCACCAACGCCGUGUGCGGCGACUGCCUGCCGGGGUUUUACAGGAAGACAAAGUUAAGUGGAUUCCAAGACAUGGAGUGCAUACCGUGUGGAGAUCCACCACCGCCUUAUGAGCCUCAUUGCAGUGGGCGUGUGAAUCUGGUGCCCAUCCCCUCAACAGUAACCAGCCCCAGAGACAUGGCCUUGGCUGCAGUUAUCUGCAGUGCCCUGGCCACUGUCCUGCUAGCUCUGCUAAUCUUGUGUGUCAUCUACUGCAAGAGGCAGCUCCUGGAGAAAAAGCCUGCAUUACUGAGGUCUCAAGACGGUCCCUUCACUGGAGCAGAGCUGUCUUGUUUGGAUCGGCGGCGAGUUCUGGAGUUUUCCCAGCGGCCCUGCUGCCACUGUCACCACAUGCCUGGGCAUACUUGUGCAGGUCCUGUGCACCUGAUUCCCUCUCUGUGCUGUGAAGACACAUGCAGUCAAGGCCACGCUCAAGACAACAGCCCCUUUCAGUCUCAAAGCAGUCUCAAUGAGAGACAUGUAAACCCAUCAGUGAGGAGCAGCCAGGGUGAUCUGGGACAGGCUCCAGAUCCUCUUCUUGCUGAAUUCUCUGAGGCAUUGCCGCUCAUGGACGCUGCAGAGAGCAGAAACCAUGCGUCCUGCAGUUCACAGCCCACAAAGAGCAGCAGCUCAUGCUCGUUGGAGGAGGAGGAGGAAGAGAACAAGCAAGUGGAACACAGCUACAGUUUGGUCUCAACCAAGCCCACUUCAGAAGUUCUACAAGAUGGAUGUAGCUUGUCAGAGACCUCGCUCCUGUCACAGCAACAUCCGUCUACAUUGGAAGGAUGACCUGGCCUUAUCUAGCUCGUGUUUGUCCUUAAGAACGGCUCUGGAAGUGAAAAGCACUGGGGAAGAUCCCAGCUCAGAUUACAGGAGGCCACACACAUACUCUGAAGACCAGGUGACGUGCUAUUACCUCCAGCCAGCCUGUGGCCUCCAGUUAUCCUGCCCAAAUCAGGACAGACUCUGUAAAUAAACAUAAGCAUGAUCUGUACAGAAAAGAAGAAGACAAAACUAAAGCAGGCUGAGGAGAAAAAGCUUGUGCAAUGCAGUGUUGAGCUGGCAGGCACUUGUGAUGAGUGCCACUUCCGGUGAUGAAGCUGAACCGGAAAUUAUGGAUUUCUGUUUUUGCAAGCAUGGCGCAGAACUGAAAGAAAGAAGAAUUGAGAAAUGCACACUAUUGGAGCUUUUCUGGGUGGGAAAGUAGUCAUUUUUGAAGAUAUCUAAACUGCUAUGUGUUGCUCAAAUGCACCCAAUGUGUAUUGCAAUGUUAUAAUUAGAGCACAGGUACUUUUCUUUGGCAACAACACCUGAACUGUCCAGUCUAGACUGGGGUGCUGGAUCAAUCCUGGUCCUGGAGGAUAUACCACCCUGGAGAGUUCAGAUCCAGCACACAUGGCUCUAAUAUUCAGAUGCUCCUGAAGUCCUCCAUUACCUGGGUCAGUUGUGUUAGAUUAGGGCUGGAGCUGAACUCUGCAGGGUGGUACAUCUCCAGGACCAGGAUUGGGCACCCCUAGUCUAGAUGAAUCUACACAUGGUCGAGAUUAUUCCAUGUGUGAUUUCUUGUUUGUUGCUGUGUAGAUACUGUAUUAUAGGAAAUUGAAGGACAAUAUUUUUAUAAUGUAGAUAAUACAUGGCCACUCACUUUUCGUAAUUAUAGUUGAUGAGCACUUGCUUCUUCUUGUGUAUAAACUUUAUUGCUCUCCACUUGUAAAUAAACUAUAAAGAAUAUGACAAGGA